GUAAAGCGUCGUCAAGUCAGUCUUUCAGUGUACUGUUGCUGAAUUUCGACACGCCUUUUCUUAGCUUCGCGGAAGUGAAGCUAUUUUCGAGUUUUAGGACAACAGUAACGGAUAGCUACAGAAAAAUCGACGAAAAUGGACAAGCUACGUCGAGUGUUAAGUGGCCAAGAAGAAAACGAGGAAUUGGGCCUGACAGCACAAGUCCUGGAUGCCUCGACACUCAGCUACAGCACUCGGGUGAAGUGGUUCGUCAUCUGCUUUGCUGCAGGGAUCCUGUGCUCAAUACUCGGCACUGCCUUGCUGUUCUUGCCAAAGGGGAUGAGUCUCUUUGCCGUCUUCUACACACUGGGCAACAUUGCUGCACUGUCUAGCACCUGUUUUCUGAUGGGCCCACUGAAGCAGCUGAAGCGCAUGUUUGAACCCACCAGACUGAUUGCCACCUGUGUGAUGCUGCUAUGCUUUGUUCUGACGUUGUGUUCAGUGUUUUGGUGGCACAAAAAGGGACUUGCUAUUAUCUUCUGCAUUUUACAGUUCUUGGCGAUGACAUGGUAUAGCAUCUCCUAUAUUCCAUUUGCCCGAGAUGCAGUUAUAAAAUGCUUCACUUCCUGUUUGAACUAAGCUCCACUUGGCAAGAACCUCCACAAAGACUGGUCCCAAUAUGCAAGCAAUAGAGUAAAUAUGUAAAAUAUUUUAUUUUAAAUAAUGUUUUCUUCCUUUUUUAAAAAAAGAUGGUUUUCAUAAUUGCUCUUAAAUAAUUGCUCUUGAUCUGUUGCUUUAACCACAUUAUCUUAAUAAUAAUCACAGCAUCUUAAUCCAUAAUCCAUAAACAGAAAUAUGGCAAGUCUGUAUGUUUUUCGCGUGAUUUUGAAUGAUUUUUCCAUUUAUUUUUUCUCCUGCUUUUCUUAUUUUUGAAUCUGUAUGCUUUGAAUGAAAGAAGGUCAUAAGUCAGAAAUGAAAUUAUUUAAGAAUAUUCCAUAUUGUGCCUGUUUGUUGGGGAGCAGGACACAGUUGUUGUGCCUUGACAACAACUAGAGAAAAACAGUAGUGCCUUAUGUUUGGGGGGGCAGGGGGUUGUUUUGGGUUUGGGUCUUUUUUCUCCUAACAAAUUUUUCAGUUCUGUUGUUUUGUAAAUGAAUUCAGUAAACACAACAUUUGUACAUACCAGUGAAUUUUUUACAAAAUCUUGGUAAUUUGUUGGUUGUUUAGA